GUAUCAUCUCUGUGUCCAUUACAGAAGCCGGUAUGUUGGACGUGUCGUCUGCAUUACAGGAGUUUGCUGGAGUUUUAUUAGAAAAUGUUAAAAUAGUUUUGCUAUAAUGGCUGUAUUAAGAAGGGCAAGUGAAGAUCUUCCUAAGAACGCUGUGAUUUUAGACACUAAUGAAGCAAUACGAUUUCAAUGGAAUUACAUAUUUGAUUAUCAGCCAAAAUAUGAAAUGUGGCCUUUUCGAUAUGGACUACCAAUGCUAAGUAUAUUUGCAGGAGCAUCAACCAUGUAUAUUAACAGUUGUUUUAGACAAGGAUAUCGGCUUAAGCAGUAUGGUCGAGUAGCUUCAUAUUUACCUUUAACAGUUGCACCCACUUUUCUAGGAUUCAUACUACAGAGGAAAUGUGUAACCGAUGAAAUUCUUCUACAAACAGUACCGUGUCCGCUUUGUCUCUAUUCAAGAGCAGUGGGUAUUCAACUAGCAGCUGGUAUUUUGUAUCCCAUGGGAUUAGCGCCUAUAGGCAACAUAAUGAUUGCUCUGCGAUACGCAACUGUGAGAAUACCUGAAAUUAAAGAUUUCAAAGGACAUUUGACUUUAUUCAAGAAAGUGACAAAACCACUUAUUUCACGACUACCAUAUUUGGUUUGCGCACAUAUGAUAACUGCAGUCUUUAUAACUAAUAGAGAAAUGAAAGCAUUUACCUGUUUCUAUGACAAAUUAUUACGUGAAGAAGAGGCUAUAACAGAAAUGUCAAAAUCAUAUGAAAGUUAAAUAACACCUGUAAUGUAUAUAAAAAUGUUAGUAAAAAUUCUAGAAUAGUUUAA